GAUUGCAGCAACAGCAGCAAUGUGGGAUGGAGAUCUCCGCUGCGUGUAUGAGUGCCUUUUCCUGGUGAGUGCAGGGACAAGAGCGGUUGAGUGUCAGUGAUGCUUGAAUAAGGUGUUGUUAGGGAGAAUGGAGGGGGGGAUUGGAGUAAAAAGGCAAGAGGAAAAGCGGGAAUACAUCACUGUGGUUUGGAGACAACGUCUGUCUGCUUUUUCCCCUCUCGAUAACCUGAUUCUUUGCUGGAUGUGCGACAACUACUCCAGCUGUCACUGCACUGGCUGCCUCUCUCUCAAUACUCCCCUACCCUGUGAGAACUGCUCAAGUGGCUGGACGGCAUCCUGGCACAUGGUGAAUACAUGGAUGACCAACGGAUCUACAGGGUAUCUGAGCUUUCUUAUCAAUUUCACCUCUGAUUUGUUUUCCAAGGAAAUAUGGUGAGCAAAGAGGACAACACAUGUUUUAUUCUGUCAAAUUCAGAUGAAUCAGAUUCAGAAGAGAGACCUUCACAAACAUCGCACUCUGGACCAGAAUCACACAGGCAAGAGGUGAAGAAGAGAAACAAAGCCUUACAAGUGCAUUUCAAGGAUAUCUGUGAAGCUCAAAAAGAGCAGCAAGGAAGACAUUCAAGAUCAAUUUCUUGCAAGGUAACACAUAGAAAAUACAUGACUAUGCCUGCCAGGCGCUCUAUUCCAAAUGUAACCAGGAGCACUGGUGUCCAGACCUCGCCAGACCUCACUAAGAGAUACAAAACAUUUCCUUUUGAGAGGAAAAAAGGACACACAUUUAAACACACAGCUUUGGUGGAAGAUUACAGACGGCAAAACAAUGGCUUUUUGAGUGAUAUAAAGACAGGAAGAGACGAUGGCGAACCAGUUGGCGAGUCUUCCAAAUGUAAGGGUAAGAUUGUUGGACAGACAACAGCCCUACUUCAUCACAUGGACGACAGCAGCGGUACAGAGGAUUUGCUGUCAAGUGCCAACUGUAUGGAUGGAUCUUUGUAUCCUGAUGCCUCACAUUUUACAGAAGAGGGACAUUCAAGCGAACAGUCUUCUAAAAAUGAACCAGAAUACCAAGUGUGUGGGAAAUGGACUAAACACAAAGGAUUAUCCAAAGAAGACACAGGUCCUGGUUCAUCCUCAAAGCGACAGCUGGGGGACUCUGAGUUCUCAGAAGACAAGCCAAAGGGCACUGGCCCAGUGGCGUGGAACUCUUUGACACAAGCAGAGUUCCUAGGGAGCCCAUCUAUGAGCUGCAAACGGAAAAAGGGUACACAGCUAAAUGAGCAGCAGUCUCAGACUUUUCCUCAUAGUGUUAAAUGCUCUGUGAAGUCGCAAGGGCAGUGUCGGACAAGGCAUGGGUCAGCCUCCUCUAAACUGCAAAGAACUGCAGAAGGGGUUGAGAGCUUUCCACCAGGAGGCACACAAGCUCCAGGCUUGGGGAGCAGCCAGCAGAUAAUACCCUUAUCUGGAGACAAGGAUAUGAAAGCACAGUUGCAGGCCAUGGAGAAUCUCAUCAGCUCAAGCCAGGAGACCAUCAAGGUACUUCUUGGAGUUAUUCAGGAGCUGGAGAAAGGGGAAGCACAGAGGGAAGGACUCUCGUACAGAACAGGACAAGACACAGCCAACUGUGAUACGUGUCGAAACAGCGCCUGCAUCAUUUACAGUGUUGAGCUGGACUUUAAACUGCAGGAGGAUAAGCUGCAGCCCUUGAUGAAGAGACUUUGCCCCAUGGACAGCCGACAGUGCCCUGCUCUGCCUUAUUCCAAUGAAGUGUUCACUUCCACCCCCAAACGCAAGUCCAAGUCAGAGUCCAAGAAGCACGCUCGCUGGAAACUUUGGUUCCUUUGAAUAGAACAUGAAGCCUUUUGGAAAAAAAGCAAUCUCAUUGGGAACAUCUACAAUCCCAGUUACUCUUGGAGCGGUUAAAGGAAUAUGCAGAUGGGGGACCAACAACCAGACACCAGUUGAUAUGAGGCUUUGAACUGAGACUGCCAGGUCAUCUGGGGGACAGCAGAGACAUAAAAUAUUUAAAAUUCAGUCUUAUCUUUUCUGGCACAUUUGCUGGACAGGAUCGGCACCUUCAAACUCUAGAGCACAUUGUUUGGCAUCAAGUGGUGGAGCCAUGCAGAGGGUCAUGUCUGAAGAAAGCUGUAAUCUUUGAAUGGACAUCAGCCCCACUUCCAGUAAAGCACAAAUAUUUGAAAAAGGAGAGAUAUUUGAAAAGACUGCGUCAGUACAGUAUUCACCAGUAUGUCAGCACUGUUAUUGUAACCCUGUACUAUCCUGUCCCUUUCUGCCAUAUUUGUUGACAUGCUGCUCACUUUUUCUCCCUGACUGAACGUCUGCUCAACAAGGUUGAUACACAGUCACCUUCAUCUCGUUUUUGUCUCCAAUGCCUCUACAGUAGCUUAACGUGCCGGCAACGUGCCAACCAGCCUCACCCAUCCAGUUGUCAUUACUGAUCCACAAUGUUCUGGAUCUACAUAAAAAAAAAAAAAACGUGUAAAACAAAGUACUGUGAACUUGGAAAUCUCUUGAAUAAGCAGGUAUAAUAUUUUAAAGUAGAAAACAAGUAUUCUCAGUUUGAUCUUAUUUUUUAUCAAGAUGGACGAUGUUUUACUAUUUAUGCAGUAUUUUAUAUUAAAAAAGUAUAAAUAAUGGUAUUAUUUAUGUUAAUUUUGUAAUUUAAAAGUAAAAAUUGUUUGCCAUUUCUCUCUGAGUCCACUAGGAGUUUGCCUUGCUUCUGUCACUUGAAAUGUUGCAGUAAAGAUCUGAUGUAAAGUAGCAAAACUAGCCCCAUUAAACAACUCUGCUUAUUUGGGAAGUACCCAAAACUACUUUGCACUGAACUUGCAGCAAAAGCAGAAGGGCUAUAUAUACAGAGCUAAAGAAAUAUAAUAGUGAUCCAUGAGAAAAAAAAAUCUUUGCAGCCACUAGCUUUGGUCACAUACAUGAAAAAAUGAAAUAUUAUGUAGCAAUGAUGCAGAGCUUGUUACAAAGGAGGUAUUUGCUGAUGUGUUAUACUAAUUUUGCGACUGUAGCUCUUGCGUGUGUAUUUUUAGAUGUACAUGAAAUGUCCGAAGGGCACACUUGCCUACGAUGACCUCUCACACUGUCCACAUUUAUUAGCACCCCAGAUAAAAAUGUGCAAAAAGCCUUAAAAAUGCCAGUUUUACGGUAGCAUAAUCUCCCCCUAAAAAAGUUAUGCCCAUUUUCUAAAAAGUUUGCUUUGAAAUUUUCUUUUUACCUCCCUUACUUGCAAAUGAACCUCUCACUGCUGAAGAGACAAAACAUCCUAGAGUCUUAAUUUUAGCUUGUUUGUCGCACAUCCUGUUGGUUUAAACUUUAAUAUUUUCACACUGAAUGCACAAAUUGGCAAGUCUAGGUGAGAGGUUAUAAUUUUAUAAACUAGUUUGUGAUCAUUGAAGAGCAACACAUUUUUGAGUAGUUUAUUUUAUAUACAUUCCAUGUUUUCUUGUAUAUUUAAGAGUGGUUAAGAGAGAAUAUCUUUGCAUUAGAUUUAUGUUAGAGGACAACCAGAUCUCAAUUCUUUAAUAAUUUAAAAAAAAAUCAAAGUAUAAAUUAAUUAAAAAAUAUUCCAGUUGCAUUUAUUUUAUAGGAUUUCUUUUUUUUUUUAACUGCUUCUGACACUUUUGAUUUUGUUAGAGAGAAGCAAUUCCUCCUUUUGUGAAACUCUUGAUUUUUCCAAAACUUACAACACUAGAUUAUGCUGCUGAAAUUAAAUAAUUGAAAGAUUUUUGACAUAUUGUCUGGAGGUAAAAAUAAAUGUGCAGGACCCUGCAAUUAAGAAUGGGCACUUUGAUGCAGGCAGCCACCAACAUAGCUUCUAGUCGUGUAGUUCCCACAUGUCAAACUAGCAUAAUUUGAUGUAUUUUGAAAGGCAUUUUGAACCUUUCAAAAUGCCUUUCACUAAAAUGAUUACCUCUGAUACAGCUUUGCUUUAGCCUUUUGAAAUGGUGGGCUUUUUUCAAAGACAGGUUCUUCCUAAACUCCUCCCUGAACGAUCUGGAAAUGCAGCAAUGUAGUAAAGAAUUGCAAAACUUGUGGCAUGUGGGUUGCUACCUGCAACAGAGAGCUCAUUCAUCGACCAGGAUCAUAGUAAAUACCUGUACAAUGAGAGUACAAUAUAAUGGAUAUAAUGGAUUUUUCUACUUUUUCUAAAAAACAAUUAAAGCAUUUCAUCAGGAAAUUGUUGCAGUGUGCUGCUAUCACUACUGAAUGCAAGUCGUUUACCCAAAUCAGUGCUGUGAGUCCUUCUUCAGCUCAUAGUUCCAGGUAGCAAUGUCUGGCUUAUCAAUGACAAAUUCCAAGUAUGUACUGGCUUCCCAGACAAAAUACAGGUUCCCUGUCAGUAUACACCAAGACACAAUAUAUUUUAAUGGCUUAACAGCCUAGUGAACCAAAAAGGGCACUUUUUGCUCCUCUGGUCAAUUGCUCAAUUCACUAAGAUCUGAAAAGCAAGGCUACUUUAAGACAGCUAUGAGAAAGUAGACAGAUUUUUUUAAACAGUGAUAAAACAAAGGCACCCUAACCCCCUAACAGUGCUGUAAAAAGCACCAAUAUUUUUUUCAGUAACACACAAAUGCUAAUUCAUGCAGCUCCAAAACUAAACAUGAUGGGUGAUCUAAUAAUGUGACAAUAUGACUGAACGAGCCCCAUGAAAAGCUUUUAGAUCAAAUGACCCUGAAAGUGUUUCAUUGCAGAGAAUGUCCCCUCAUUCUGUUAGCACCGACACAGCAACAUACCAGGGCAACAUUCAUGUUGCUCACUUGUUCUCUGGAUAGGUAAUUAUACACCACCUUUUUGCAUGAGCUAAAAUUAGUAGCAAUCUGACUUCAAAAGCAUAACAUAAAAGAAGAUCUUCCUCUAACAUUGCGUUAUAACAAAUUAGCUUUCCUUCUGCUAAUGAUUUUCCAAAUUCCUGAGUCUAAACUGUGUUUUCACAAAAGUGUUACCUUACCAACAGAAUACCUGUAUUACCUUCAACUCACCAACAAAGUGAGUGGGGUGACACAGGAAAUCGUUGCUCUCGCACAUGGGACUCAGCAGCACAAGGACAAAAGUCACGUGACUUGCCAUGACCACCUGUCUUAAAUGGGCAGCUUCUGUUUGUUUACAUGACAGCAUUUGCUCCAAGUGUCCCGUGCAGCCAUAAAAAGGUGCAUCAUGGCACUGACACCAAAGGAUACGCUGUGCAUAUUUUACACCACAAACUUUGAUGAAAUGGCGCUACUUGACCUCUAAUGUUGAUAGAUUGUAAAGACUGUGGUUGGCUUUUGCGGUGCAUAAUUAAAAUGCUGCAUAUUUCAUAAUGCCUUGCAAAAGUCUUCAUUGUCCCGCAACUGU